AUGGAAAUACUAGAAGAUACUUCAACAGCCACUACACUACAAAAUAAAACAUCAGAGACACCAUCCGCAGUAAGCAUAAGCAAUACAACGGAUAAAAUGUCCGUAAUAGUCGAUGAAGAAAAAGACAAUAAAAAUGACCAAACAAUACAUUUAGUAGAACGAAGUGCGAUAACAGCUGCAAUACUAAUUCCUUUUUCGAUUAUUGGCGUUUUAAUUCGAAUUGGGUUAGUCGAUUUGCACACAUAUUCAAACGCACCUGUGUUUGCUUUGAUAUAUCCACAAUUUGUCGGGUGUACGAUAUUUGGAUUUUGUCUGGCUAGGAAGGGAUUCAUUAUGAAGAGCUAUUUGCCACUAUAUAUUGGUUUACAAACUGGACUAUGUGGCUCAAUUACAACAUUUUCUUCUUGGUCCCUUUUAACAUUUCGAAGCUUUAUUACACCAACUAGUCCUCUUAAUGGCAUUGACAAUGUCCUUGCUGGAUUAGCUAUUAUUGGUAUAACAAUUGGAAUGUCAAUUGUCGGUUUAAAAUUCGGUGAACAGUUGGCUGAUGCUUUCAUGAUAAGUCAGAUAACUCCAAAAGGAAUAGUUCACAAGGUUAUAAUAAGACCAUCUAAUAUAAGGGAAUUCGCACGUCUCGACUGGGUUUGCAUUGUGAGUGGAUGUGUAUCAUGGCUUCUGAUCAUUGCACUUGCUAUUUCUAUUCAAGUCCAACGAAGGGUAUUAUAUGCUGCUGUUUUCGCACCAAUAGGAACUUUGAUAAGAUGGCAGCUAUCCCGCUUUAAUUCAUUUAAAUCUUCAUUUCCUAUUGGAACUUUUACUGCUAAUAUCAGUGGUUCGGCGAUUUUAGGUGUACUGUUUUUGCUUUGUAAUGGUAUCGUUUAUUCUGGAAUAAGUUGUGAGAUCCUUAUUGGCUUAUCCGAUGGACUUUGUGGAUGUUUAACGACAAUUUCUACAUUUACGGCAGAGAUAGUGUCAUUACCGCGCCGUCAUGCCUAUAGGUACGCACUAAUUUCUAUUGUGACAAGUCAAAUCAUGAUGGUAUUUUUGGUUGGAAUACGUGCCUGGGUUAAUAAUGGCUUG